AGUCAUUACAAAAUUUAAAGAUUAAAUAUUUUUUCCAUGGAUCUCAUUAGAGUAGGAAUAGAAAAAUCUAGUUUUCUCCUUUAUAUAAUCAAAUCAAAUUCAUUCCCAAAUCUUUUCAAUUCAAAACCCUAACUUUCAUCCACUCAAAGAAAAAACUCUUUAAACCCUAAAACACCAUUUCGUUAAGCCAAUCCUGUGAUCAAGCUCCAACAUACAACAUGGCCAUUCGUCUUCAAUUCGAGAACUCGUGCGAAGUUGGAGUGUUCUCUAAGCUCACAAAUGCUUACUGUUUGGUUGCUAUUGGAGGCUCUGAGAAUUUCUACAGCACUUUUGAAUCGGAGUUUGCUGGUGUGAUUCCUGUGGUGAAGACCUCUAUUUCCGGCACUCGAAUCAUCGGUCGCCUUUGUGCUGGUAACAAAAAUGGGCUUUUGGUGCCUCAUAAUACCACUGACCAAGAGCUUCAACACUUGAGGAACAGUCUACCUGAUCAAGUUGUUGUUCAACGCAUUGAAGAGAAAUUAUCUGCUCUUGGAAAUUGUAUAGCAUGUAAUGACCAUGUGGCUCUCACACACACUGAUCUUGACAAGGAAACCGAAGAGAUGAUAGCAGACGUUCUUGGAGUAGAAGUUUUCAGGCAGACAAUUGCCGGGAACAUAUUAGUCGGAAGCUACUGCACCUUCUCCAAUAGAGGUGGCUUGGUUCACCCCCAUACAUCUGUUGAAGACUUGGAUGAACUUUCAACUCUUCUUCAAGUCCCUUUAGUUGCUGGGACGGUUAACCGAGGGAGUGAAGUGAUUGCUGCUGGCAUGACGGUGAAUGACUGGACGGCCUUCUGUGGCUCGGACACAACUGCAACUGAACUCUCUGUUAUAGAGAGUGUCUUCAAGUUGAGGGAGGGACAACCUGGUGCUAUUGUGGAUGAAAUGAGAAAAUCAUUGAUCGAUACUUAUGUCUGAUUAUUUAUUUCUACUUAUAUUUUUAUUAUUAGUCGAGUUUGAUAGCUAAGAAUGUUUGGAAAAAUAUCAACGCUGUUAAUAUAUGACAAUGGUUUUUAGUGUUUGAAGCUCUUCUUGAUGCUAUGUUUACAAAUUGUAAAAGAAAUUUUUAUAAUUUAAAAGUUUGGUUUUUGGUUUUUGGUUU